CAUGUAAUGAACUCGUGACCCGAACCCCAGGUUGAGAACCCCUGGUGUACAUGAACUCAGAGGCUCGUCCCUCACAGGAACAGUUACAACAGAACAUCGCCUUGUGGAAGCUAGUGUACUCUUUGCCUUUAACCCCAGCCCACGUGCUCAGAGCUGGGGAGUCUCAAGGACUGCAUCCUUCACGUGUUGCCAUAUUUCUGGCCCCAUAGCUCUAGACUACCUUUAAAUCAACAGACAGGAGUCACAAGAGACUUGACCACCAGAGCCUUAGCUGAGACCAGCAAACUCAUAUCAUGUAACAUCAGUUUGGCUUUAAAUCCUAGACUCAGGAGCUGAGAACCAAGUGUCUUGCUGAGGCUCUCCAUUUUCCCUUUCAGAUCAAAUCCCUCCUGGUGCCUCCAAAGUAGCUGAUGGGACAGGUGAACCAUGAUAUGUUCAGCAGGAUUCCACAAGUCUCACUUAGCUGUAAUUGUUCAUAUUUUUUUUUUCCCAUAUUUGACUGUGCUUUUGUAUUGUAUGAAACAGGUUUCCGUGAUGCGACCCUUGGGCCAAUAUACUAGUCCUCAUGUGGCCCUCAUGGUAACUUGAGUUUGAGACCCCUGGUUUAUGUGUAGACCAGGUGUCAGACAGCAGGGUAAGACCUAAUGUGGGGACAGGUUAUCCCACAUCUGCCUACUGUGGGGUUCUUAUACCCUUCAUCUGAAGUAGUGUUGGCUACUGUCAGAGACUGGACAGUAGACCGAAUGGACCUUGGUGCUGAUCCAGUCAGCUGCCAAAGAGGACGGUGACUUGGUGAUGGAGGCUUUGCUGGAGAGAAUGCAAAGACAAGGGCACGGAGGCAGAGGGUUCUUAACGUCCUGCGAGGCAGAGCUUCAGGAGCUGAUGAAGCAGAUCGAUAUCAUGGUGGCUCAUAAGAAGUCUGAAUGGGAAGGGCAGACCCAGGCUCUGGAGACCUGCUUGGAGAUCCGAGAUCAGGAGCUUUCCUCUGUCAGGACUCUGUUGGAUGAGAAACACAAGGAGGUUGGUAGGUUGCGGCAGCAGUUAGAACACACUGAGCAAGUCCAACAAGGCACGGUUGUGGAGUAUGAACAGCAGCUGAAGAAGUUUCAAGAAGAGCUAGGCAGGCUGAAGAGGAGCUAUGAGAAGCUGCAGAAGAAACAACUGAAAGAAGCAAGGGAGGGUCCCAAGAGCCACGGGGACGACCAGUCCGAAGUGAGCAGAUUGACUAAGAAGAUAGAGGAAUUCCGUCAGAAAUCUCUAGACUGGGAGAAGCAGCGGUUGCUUUACCAGCAGCAGGUGGCGUCACUGGAGGCCCAGAGGAAGGCUUUGACUGAGCAGUCUGAGCUCAUUCAGCAGACUCAGCUCACCAAUCGGAAGCAGGUGCUGGAAUCUGUGCAACUGGCCAGCCAAUCGGAAAUCCAGCAUUUAACCAGCAAGCUGGAGCGAGCCAAUGAUACCAUCUGUGCUAAUGAGCUGGAGGUGGAGAGGCUUAACAUGAGAGUGGAUGACUUGACUGGAGCCAAUCAGAAGAUUCUGGAGGAUCACCAAAGAGUCCAAGAGGAGCUGGGGCAUUCUAAGAAAAUGCUGGAGGUAUUACAAGAGGAGAAGUUUGAGCUGAGAGUCACUCUGCAGUCCCAGGAGGAUUUCAUUAAGAGCUCAAAGAUGCAUCAGGAACAGUUACAGAAGGAGCUGGCCAGCAUAACUGAAACCCUGCAUAGCAAGGAACUCCUUAUCAGGUCACUGGAAGAACACCUGCGUGAGAAACAGCUGUCACAGGCGUUCCCAGAGCUGGAGCACGUACUCCUGCAGUUGGAUCUUGCACAGAAGAAUGAAAAGAACCUACAGUCAGAGGUGGCUCGUCUUGAGGGCAGCCUGGGAGCCAUAAAUGCCAGGUGUGUACAGCUGAGCAAGGAGCUGACAGAGAAGUGCAAAGAGCUGCGGGUGACGGAAGAACACCAUUGUCUGGCCAAGGCUGAGAUUAAAAAGCUGAAGGAGCAGCUGUCUCAGGCUGAACAAACUCAUAGCAGUGAGCUAGAAGGGAUGAAAAAGGAGAUCUCCCAGUUGACGCAGGUGCUGCACCAGCGUGACAUUGCUAUCGCCUCGGCCAGCGGGUCCACUUCUGACAUGGAGCAACGAAUGAGAAUGGAGAUUGAAAGAGCAGAGAGGAAAGCUGUGGAGCACAGGGUGAUUCUGGUUCAUUUGGAAACCCUGAGGCUGGAGAACCGUCACCUCUCUGAGAUGUUGCAGAAGGUGGAGUCUAGUGUGUUGGGGGCAAAAGAUGUCCCUGUAACAGACAUCCAAGAAAGCUACACCACAGCACUAAAUAAAUUAGAGUCUGAGAACCAGCAACUGCAGAAGGACCUGGCAGAGACUAGAGCUAAGUUAGAGCUUUCCACUCAGGUCUGCUGGGACAAAUAUGAGAGCAUCAUGCAGCAAAUGCAAAGCAAAGUGACUGAGAUCAAGGAUACAGAAUGCAGAAGAACCCAGGAGCUGCAGCACAAACAUGAGGAAGAAAGAAGGAAACUGCAGGCCAGGCUUGAAAAGACCAUUCAGUACUACAAAGGGGAGAUCCAGAAUCUGAAAACCCACCAUGUGUUGCCUGGAAUGGGCGCUGUGUCAGGUACAUCAGGCGGUUCGAACCCCCAUGUCAGUAGGAGCAGCUCUAAGGAAUCCCUGUCCUCUGACUUGCUGCCGGGAACAGACCCUUUGCCCCCUGUGCUGGAUGGAAAACAAGAUUUCACUGACGAUGCAUCCAGGAAGUCAGUCUCCAGUCAACGGAGAGAACUUGUGCCCUUGUGCCCCCUGCCUACAGCUCCGAUUGGCUCAAUAGCAGCAAGGUUUUUGGAGGAGGAAGAAGUGAGAUCUCAGCGCAUCCUGGAACGCUUAGAUGCUCACAUUGAGGAACUGAAAAGGGAGAGUGAAAGGACAGUGAAACAGUUCACACACCCAAAGUAACAGCUCUUCAAGGUCUGUGGAUUUGAAGACUGGUUUAAUUAAACCACAUCAAACUGAGGGGGAAGGUACCCGUGAACCUAAUAUAACUCGGAGCUUGCAGGAAAGACAUCCCCAAGCUGAAUUAGCAGUGAGGAAACCAAGGAAAUCGUGCUAGUCUCUGGAGCAAAACACUUUGCCUGGCGGGAGUGAUUGUGCUGGUGAAAGUACAUCUCCAUCUGAAACAUUGGCUCAGGAGGCUAGAAGUCUCUGUUCCAGGAGAGACUGUGUGUGCGUGUGUUUUCGUUCACUGUCAUGGAAAUUGUGAUGUCUUCCUGGAGCAAAUUCCAGUGUAAACUAUUUAUUUAAAAUUUAUUUUUAUAUCUAUAAAAAAUAAAUAAAAGCAAAACAGGAAAAAUCCCUUUUCCCAUUCUCAUUGGAAAAAAAAAAGGCACAAAGUAAAUCUCUUUCAGCCAGUGAGUUUUCAUUUGUAUACCAUCUCCAGGGAAUUAAUCUGACCAUCUGCUUCCAAGAGGAGUUAUGCUCUUUUCAAAAAACAAGGUAUACGGCAGCCCGAAAUGGGGGAGGAAACACUUUCCAAAUGAAGCUCUCCUCUCCUAGUGUGCUGUUGGUAAAUAUUUCCUGGAGCUUCAUGCAACUCCUACACCUGGGUGCUUGCGUGCUGUGCUGUUCAUUUCCGUACGAUUUCAUCUUGCUCUCUUAUUGCUUUCACAGAUACUGAGGCAGCAAAAUACACAAGCAGAAAACAAAGAAAGGAAAGGUGGCAGAAUUCUCACUAUGGUGAUGGAUAUAAAAGAGGAACAGUGGGAACAGAAGGUGAAGUCGAGUGUAAGGGAUAAACACACAUGAAUGAGAGCCACUAUAUUUGUACAACAGCUGUUUUACAGAGCACUGAGCAACUGGUGGGAUAGCUUCUGAGAAGUCACUUCAUUCUGACAGGAGGAGUAUAUUUUAAGGAACUUGUCCUUGACUGUUUUCAUGUGUGUUCUGUCACAUCUAAGGGAACAGAUUGGAGACCAAGCUUGAUGCUUUUGUUGUUGUUAAAGAAUGAAUUCUAAUCUAUCCUCACCAGCUCCUUUUGUUUUAUGUACUAGCCUCAUUUAUAAAGUGGACCAGAUUGGCUAACCCAGUCACGUGACAAGGUGGUGAGCUAAUGCUGCCACAUAGCUCCAGUAAGAGUCCUCACAAUGAAUAGGCCACUGAGUCAAAGUUAUUAUAAUAAAUUGUCAGCUGACCAAUCAGAAAGGAUUUUAUGCCCCUGUCAUAUAUUAGGUGAGAGAUUCAAAGAUCCCUAGGGGAGUUAGGUUCCCAGUUGUCAUUGAAAGUCAAUGUGAGUUGUACACCUAUCUCCCUAGAUCCCAGCCAUUAUCUUUCCUCCUGCUCCUUUGUUGCGCUUCCUUUUCCUGCUGCUCAGACUCCAUCCCCCUCAUGCUCAUCCUGUCCCUCUUUGACAAGGCUGUGGGUUCCCUGAGCAUGGUCCAGGUGGGCAUUGAUUCGCACUACUCCACGCCCUGCUGCCUAGCUUGACUGAUAAAUGCAGUCUGAUUUAAAAUAUACACUGUGUGGUAUUAGCAUCUCCAUCCCCACAUUUGCCACUCCCUGUUUCUCUCUGUCCUUGUUGUUUUUUCACAACUGUUCAUCAGUUUCACACACUGAGAAGACCUGAAAUCACAGACCGCAUGAAGACUUGCCAUAAGUGAUAAUCAGCUCCAUUGAUCCAGACCAUCCAGUGAAGGUGGUAAGUAAUGUCUGUCAAAACAAAGGCGAUAUAUCCUGUUGUUGGAAGCUUUUGCCUCAUCCCCUCCCGUCAACUAUGAGUCAGUGCAUCUUUGAAAGCUCUCUUCAGUUGCCUGGGGAAUUUUAAAAUGUGGAGGAUUCGCGGGUCCCACUAGCUGUCCUUGAUAAAUGUGAAUGAUGGUUCUAGAGCCAUUCCAGAGUCUGUUCUGUCACACAAUGGGACCUAGUGCCCUUUUUCAAUGUGAUAUUUAUUAUGGACACGCCUUUUCCCAUACAACAUAUCGGGCCUGAAGUCACACUGUGGUGGCAGGAUUUUCCAGCUUGCAUAGUGAUGGUUUGACUCUCCUCUGGUUCUGACUUCAAUUGGAGUAGAGGUAGGUCAAUGAAAACAACUCAGCAAGGCCCUAUAUAUAGGCUAACCACUCGGGCCAAAGGGGCAACAAUAGCAAAGGAUCUCAAGGCUUCCAUGAGCUGGAGUACAUAAACAUUAGGGUGAUGGAAUCCUGGCCAUUAUCUAGUCAGUGGCAAAACUCCCAUUGACUCCAAUAGGUGCCAGGAGUUUGCCCUAUGAUUAGUAAAACUUGGUAAAUCCUGAAGUAGAUGAUGGUUGCAGAUGAGCAACACUAAACAUGUGCCCAAUUAUGCAGGCUGUGGGUGGUAACUAGAGAGGAAAGAAAUUUAACAGACAGACUGUGCCAUGAAAGGAGCAAUCACUCCAGUUGCAUCAGGUCAGGUUAUACAGCCACGCUCUGAGAUAUGAAGCCAAUAUACUGCUCAAAACAAAGCAAGAUGACAGCUAUCCCUACUCAUUUGGGGAUAUCAAAGGCACUAUGCCAUUUGCUUGCACUGUAAUAAAAGGCAUGAAAAUACUAUUCCAUCAACAUCCCAUGCACCUAAAUACAAGGUGGAUAAAAAUCAAUGAUUUUUUUUUAAAAAAAAUCUGAUUUUUUUAAUUUAAAUCAGUUUUUUUCCUCAAAAAGCAAUCUAAAGAUAGUUUUAAUUAAGAUACAUUAUAGCUAAAAGAUAUCUCACCAUGAAAUAGGGAUUAUAAAUUCUAAUUCUAUAGUCUGAGACAAUAUAUUCAUGUAAUGUUUUGUAAAUGAGUUCCAAUAGUUUGUGUAUUAGGGACCCAAUCUUAUGGGGUUCCACAGGCUUCUGUAUAGAUUAUUUAGGUUAAUCUUUCUAUCUACCCAAUGGGACUCAGUGCUCAGUCUAGAAGAUACUAUCAGAGAUGCUUAGUUUUGCAGUUCUCAAACUGUGGAUUUGUGUCUCCAGAGGUAACAUGCUCGUUAACAUCAAAAAUGUUUUAAAUAAAUAAAUAAUAUAUAGAGGUGAGAAAUAAGACCUCAACUCUAUUGUCCCUCUGCAAAUUUGUGUACGCAGAGUCAAUCUCUUACCUCUCUCUAAAAGUGCAAAAUUUCAAAAAGUUCAAUGAAUAGAAGAUUGUUGGGGGCAGAAUAGAUCUGGACAAGGAGAAGAAGUCUGGAGAUAAAUGUGAGAAGCGACGGACAUAUGCUUGUUUUGUUAAAAUAUUAUAUGUUUGCUGUUGAAGAAAAAAAUCCAGAAUACUUAACCUUGUUGUUUUAGUUAAAUAAAACCAUUUAAAUGUCUGUCUGGUGGUGGUCUCCUCCUAAUACAGCAUGGCAAGAAAAUCCUCCAAAUAUUAAUGAUUAACUUGUUGAAUUGGAGAUAGUUCAUCUCCCAAUGACUUCAUAAAUAUCUGCUUCAAUUACCGUUGAUAAAUGAAAUAACCAAACAAUCAUUCAUUUUCUGAUACAGCUGUAAAACUAAUCUGAAAAGUUUUCAAAAUAAAUCACUGUUUAAAAAUGUAUAGUGUGUACCUUCUAAAAAUGAAACCUACAUCAAUCUCUGAGUUGUGAAGAGAAUGUAUUAAGGUUAUAACAACCAACAAGAAUGCACUUUUAUGUAGAAAUCCAUGAUUAAAUAGAGUUUUCCUGACUUGUGAUUUAAAUCAAUUUGAUUUAAAUCAAAUCAACUCUGCCUAAAUACGCUAUUACAUUUGGGCCAUUAUUGAAGCAAUUAGCUAUAAUAAUUGAUAGAUGGAGGAGCUGAGAGGCAAUUAUCAAAGUUCUUCACUUGUAUGUGUGUAGAAUAAUUUUCCAAUAUCAAAAAGGAUGAGACCUCUGACAUUAGCAAAUAACAGCUGGCAAUGUGAAUUCUUAGCUCAGAGUAAUUACUCCUCUGCAUGGCAUAGGGUUACAGAAACUCUCCCAGUCCCCUUUCUGACUGAAGGACAAUAGUCCAUUUUGAAUUGGUGGGAAGAGUUGACGUAUCAAUAAUGUGUGCUAUAAAACUGUAAAGUGUACUUGUCGUUUUGUGAGGAGGAGGAAUAGGGUUGUUUAUCCUGGAGGGAGAUGGCACAGCGAGUCCAGGCUUUAUGGCACUUUUAUCUGGGGCUGCAGGGUUUCCGUGCAUUCAUUUAUGCCUUCUGAACGUUGAACAUCCCCUCAGAAUAAUUAUUUGGUCUUAGCAGUUUUAUAAUUAAUGAAGCUGGAGGGGUUUUUUGUCUUUGAACUCAUUCUUUUUAAUAACACCAAAGAAUUUCUUACACAAUUGCAAGGCUGAGCCAGACAUUUGCCUUCUGUUUCAUUAAAAACAAUACUGUAUGUGGAAACCAAUUUGUAGUGAGUCGUUCCUUGAUUUCUAGACUGCACGAUGUGAAAGGGAAAAGUUGCCAUCUUGGCAAGACUUUUAAUGGUGGUCUUAGCAGAUAUGUGAGAGGGCAUCAGAUGUACAGUAGAUUGUUCGUUAUCCAUGUGUGAUAUUGCAUCUAGGUCAUGUGUCUACUUAAUCCAAGGAGUGGGGGUGUACA